GUGGCAUUAGCAUUUAGCGUAAGAGAAGAAAAACUAGGGUUUUAGCAGUCGUCGAAGAUUUGUUUGGAGAGGGGUUUUAGAAAUUUUCUGAAUCUUCCCCUCUCUCUCUCUCUCUCUCAUCAUUCCCAAACCCUAUCUCUCUCUUUCUCCUCCGUAGCAAUGGCGACCGUGCCUCCUCCCACCGCCACCAAGCCCGAUGAGAAAACCGAUUACUUCAACCUUCCUUGUCCCAUUCCCUUCGAAGAGCUCCACCGUGAAGCCAUGAUGUCUUUGAAGCCUGAUCUUUUCGAGGGUAUGCGUUUUGAUUUCACCAAGAUGCUCAAUCAGAAAUUCUCCCUCAAUCACAGUGUGUUGAUGGGACCUACUGAGAUUCCUUCUCAGUCGACCGAGACUAUUAAGAUUCCUACCGCGCACUAUGAGUUUGGCUCAACCUUCAUUGAUCAUCCUAAGUUGUUGCUAUGGGGGAGAGUCAUGACUGAUGGCAGGCUGAAUGCAAGGGUCAAGUGUGAUUUGUCUGAAAAUGUCACUUUUAAAGCCAAUGCUCAGCUUUCGAACGAGCCACACAUGUCUCAUGGAAUGAUGAACUUCGAUUACAAGGGAUCAGACUACAGGUCUCAGUUUCAAUUUGGAAAUGGCGCUUUGCUUGGAGCAAGCUACAUUCAGAGCGUGACCCGCAAUUUAUCACUGGGCGGUGAGGUAUUUUGGGCUGGUCAGCAUCGUAAGUCUGGUGUUGGUUUUGCUACUCGCUACAACACUGAUCAAAUGGUUGCUACAGGGCAAGUUGCUAGCACUGGAAUGGUUCUUUUAAGCUAUGUUCAGAAGGUGUCUGAGAAGGUUUCUCUAGCUUCUGAGUUGAUGUGUAACUACUUGUCAAGAGAUGUCACUGCUAGCUUUGGUUAUGACUACAUCCUUAGACAGUGCCGUCUUAGGGGAAAGGUUGAUUCCAAUGGCUGUGUCGGGGCUCUUCUGGAGGAGCGGUUAAAUAUGGGUCUCAAUUUUAUUCUUUCUGCAGAGCUUGAUCACAAGAAAAAAGACUACAAAUUUGGAUUUGGUUUGACUGUUGGGGAAUAACUUAGCAAGGACUAGAGCUGUGUUUCCAUUGCUGUAGCCAGCUUAGCAAGCUUUCUUGGUUCUUUUUCCUUGUUGGAGACUUUUAUUUUUUCUGAAAAAAGAGAUAACAGAGGAAGCAUCAUUGUGUCGGGAAACACAAUUUAUAAUGCACGAGUUGCUGGAGAAAUUUUAGUAGUCAUCGAUUUAUUUGGAAACUUGCCGAGAAAAUCUGAAUUAUUUCGAACUCUUGCCCUGUUUUCCCUUGAGGGGGAUGUAGAGUGAUAUCUUAUCAAUCCAUAUUGUCAGUUUCAAUUUCAAUAAUGCUUCUAGUAA